UCCGGCUCCUCAGUUAUGGGUAGAGCAGCUGCCUGUCCCCUCCAGCCAGAGGAGCCCUGCCCUCCACCACAUCCUCAUUGGCUGGGGCAGAGGAAAGGGACGGCCCAGGGAACAGACAGCCCAGGGGCCACUUUCAGGCAACUCGGGGAAGGAGCUGGCGCUGCUGGCCCAGGCCCUCUGCCCUCUCUCAGCCAUGUUUGGGGACCAGGGGGCCCUGCCCACAGACCGGGCGCUGCACGGCCCACCCCCCAGAUCGGGGCUCAGCUUCAAGAUGGUCCUCCAGGCGGUAGGCAGAACGCUCAGGAAGUCCAAAGCCAAGCCGAACGGAAAGAAGCCGGCGCCCGAGGAGAAGAAGAUCUACCUGGAGCCAGAGCACACCAAAUCCAGGAUCACCGACUUCGAGUUCAAGGAGCUGGUGGUGCUACCGCGGGAGAUCGACCUCAACGAGUGGCUGGCCAGCAACACCACCACGUUCUUCCACCACAUCAACCUGCAGUACAGCACCAUCUCCGAGUUCUGUACAGGGGAGACGUGCCAGACCAUGGCUGCUGGCAGCACUACUACUGGUAUGACGAGCGGGGCAAGAAGGUCAAAUGCACGGCGCCGCAGUACGUGGACUUCGUCAUGAGCUCCGUGCAGAAGCUGGUCACCGACGAGGACGUCUUCCCCACCAAGUACGGCCGCGAGUUCCCGCCGUCCUUCGAGGCGCUGGUGAAGAAGAUCUGCAGGUACCUGUUCCACGUGCUGGCCCACAUCUACUCGUCGCAUUUCAAGGAGACGCUGGCGCUGGAGCUGCAGGCGCACCUGAACACGCUCUAUGCGCACUUCAUCCUCUUCGUCCGCGAGUUCAACCUGCUCGACCCCAAAGAGACCGCCGUCCUGGACGACCUCACAGGGCUCCUGUGCAGCGGCGCCGGCGCGGCGGGGACCGGCGCGGCCGCAGCGGCUCACAACCACGUGAAGGAGAGAUGAGCCCGCGGCGCGGGG